GAAGCAUGUGCUUGGCUUGUGAAGCUUUGUUAACACGAUGCGUUGUCAACUCGUGUAAUGCAGUGCAAGUUGAUUCCGUAGCAAGUUGACGUGACGGUACUUGGACAUACAUGCACGAGUAGCGACUAGAGUGAGUUGCACAAACGAGCGAUCUAGUAUCAUGUUUACACUAUUGGGCAAGGUGAUCUCUGCGGCGUUUGACAACUUUUUCAUCCCUCACGAAGAACCGAAGUGCGAGCUAGAAGACGAUGAUGUUUCAUCUGAUGAAGAUACCGCUGACUGUACAGAGAACCAAGAGCCUAAGUAUGGGCAGGUCACACACUUGAACACCAUCCGGCAGUACGGUAUCAUCAACGAGGAGCACUUCUUCAGGCUGAGCCUUGUAUCAGGCGAGCAUGUGAUUGUGUCCACCAGGGUGCUCUUCCGCCUUGAUGCCUCUGGCCGACAAGCUGUACAGGUGUCAGUGCUGCCCGAGGCGUCGCCUUCAAGCAUUGUGGCCAAGGUCACGAAGCUGGAAAACCGCUCCCUCCACCUCCUGGACUCUGCCACUCCUGUCCAGCUUUCGGCAGGGUACGAGCCGGAUUUCGAGGUGCGCUCGGGCGAUUGGGUACGCCUGCAUUUUGAUGAGAAGACCAGCAGUGCUAGAGUGGUCGAAGCCCUGCGAUUGAAGGACGUUGUAGGAAAAGUGACGCGUGUCACAUCUACAGGUGGCAUCAUUGAACAACAGAUUGCAUUCUCAACGGACCAGUGGCCAACUGAAGCCCCGAGAUUGCAGGUUGGGUCGCAAGUGGCAGUUCAUGCCAUUGAAAGCGACCAGGGAAACCUUUCAUGGCGGGCCUUGUCCCUGGAGGUGUUGGACAAGAAAGCAGCGUCAGCGGCACCAUCGAGCCCUGCCAGCCAGAAUGGCAUCAUCGCCAGCAAAGUUUGUAUCCCAAAAGGCAUUGAUGUGACCGAGGAACUGGACUUCGGCCAGGUUAGCCCAGGAGAAAGCCGCAGUCGGCAGAUUUGCAUCACGAAUAAGACGGACAGGCCACACUUGCUGGUUGCAUGCAAGGUCAACUCUGCAGCCAAGCAUGUGGCACUUGCCAAGACCUUCCAGCCUCACUUGAUAGGAUCAGGUGACAAGUACCAUUUGAACCUCAUAUGUAAAUCCAGCGAGCUAGGCACGAACAACGCGAGAAUCGAGCUUGAAUUUGAGGAAGGCUUCUUUGUCCAGUGUGUCACCACUGUCAGAGUGGUGGACCCUUUGGAAGCACGACUAGCACCGUCGUCGAGCAAUGCUUCAUCGGUGAAAAAAGUGGAGACCGUCAGUCGAGCAUUCCAGGAACAGCUUUGGACUGUGCCCGGGGAACGAUGUCCCAUGCGCCAGGCAAAGCUACCUGAAGGGCUGCCUCAUUUUCCUGUGCCUCCAGCAUUCUGGAAAAGGACAGAUCGAGAUUUAGAAAAUUACGUCAGCGGACUGCUUCGACAGCCGUUGUGUCCCGAAAACUAUGUGGACAAGCUGCAACUGCUUCUGCACCUGGAGGAAGUUCAACUGAGCCGUGACCUCGAGGAACGAGUCCUCUGCCCGGCCCCCCUGCAGGUCAACGGCUGCGAGGCUCGACUAAAUCUCAGCUCGUGGCUGGAGGAAGGCCAGUUCCCGCCUCGGGUCGGUGAUCGAGUGUUGCUGCAGCCAGCGAAUGACCCCAACACACAGCUCAAUUUCGAGGGCUUUGUGCAUCAGGUCAUGACAGAUGAGGCCAUUUUGAGGAUGAGCCCUGCCUUUCACGAACAAAUGGAGAAAAAUCCAAACCAGUCAUGGGAGCUGCGUUUCCAACUGAACCGCACUCCCUUGAGACGCAGUCAUUUGGCUGUACGGAUAUCGCGACCUCUGAUUCGUUCCAUGCUGUUUCCCAAGACGGAAUUAAGGACGGCGGUGCUGAGGUGGCCCUUGACGCUUGUCAACGAGCAGUUGAAUGAGCUUCAGCGAGAAGCCGUGCACCGAAUCAUGUCCGCAUCCAGGUGUUCCUUGCCAUACAUUGUCUGGGGUCCUCCUGGCACUGGCAAGACUGUCACUCUGGUCGAGGCCAUCCUGCAGGUGUUCCAGAACCUACAGCACAGUCGAGUGAUAGCCUGUGCACCAUCAAACAGUGCGGCAGACCUUUUGGCGGAAAAGCUUUGGGCAUCUGGUCAGCUGGUGUCUUCUGACAUUGUGCGCCUUUUGGGGUUCCAGAGGGACGUCGAUAGCGUGCCUCCCCGAAUCAAACACCUGUGCGUCAACACUGGUCACCUCAAGAAAGCAGCUCGUCACCGUAUCGUUGUGGCUACGGUGGUGACAGCAGGCGCCCUGUAUGGUCUGGGACUCCCACCCGAUCACUUUACCCAUGGCUUCUUGGACGAGGCAGGACAAGCAACCGAGCCAGAGACCCUAGUGGUAGCAGGCUUAGUAUGCUUGGCCGGAGGAAGCCUCGUGCUGGGCGGGGACCCCAUGCAACUGGGUCCGGUAGUUCGAUCGCGGCUGGCUGUCAAGGGAGGCCUCGGAGAGUCCCUGCUCCACCGACUCCUGCUCAGCGAGAACGGUGCAGGCGACCCAAAGCAGCUCAGUUGUCUUCCUGUCACACGGCUCCGAAACAGCUACCGCUGUGCGCAGUCCCUGCUGGAGCCUUACUCCAGGCUCUUCUACGACAGCCAGCUUCGAAGCUGUGUUGAAAACAAAGACCGAGGAGCACUGCCCGACUUCCCAGUGUUCUUUCACGGCGUGCGAGGCCGUGCGCAGAAGGAGGGCAGCUGCCCGUCUUGGUUCAACCCAUCAGAGGUGGUGCAGGUGAUACGCUAUCUCCAAAGGGCAUUUGGCCCUUGGGGCCUGCUGCCCGACCAGGUCGGUGUAGUCACGCCAUAUCGGAAGCAGGCACAGAAGUUGCGCUGUCUCAUGGAAUCUCUCGAUCUGCCCCGCUGCAAGCUUGGUUCGGCCGAGGAGUUUCAGGGACAAGAGCGCAACCUCAUCAUCGUGUCAACGGUCCGAGGGAGUGAGGCUCUUGUUCCAUCAGCGGAUGGCAGCAGCAGCAGCCAAAACCUGGGCUUCAUCUUCUGUGCCAGGCGCUUCAACGUGGCCAUCAGCCGAGCCAGUGCCAUGCUUGUGGUUGUGGGCAACCCUGACAUCCUCACACUGGAUACGAAUUGGAAGUCCCUAAUUGACUACUGCUCAACACACAAGACUUGUUAUGGUCUGGCUGCUGAGACGAUGGUACCAUCAUGUUGAAGUGCCUCAAGACAGUUAUAUGCAUUGCUGUGAUAUGAUGAUCUUUGCCAAUCGUAAUUUUUUGUGUAAAUCAUUUUUUCGAAGUUUCGUAAUGUUAUUCCUUUUUCGUACAUGAGCGAAUGUGCGGGUAUUCAUGAUUGUGUGUUUUUAUUAUUGCGUGUAUAGUAGGCUUGUAUAAAUAUUUUCAUAUGUGAUUUAAUGUUUCGCUAUUAGAUUUCUUUUCAACCAUCUUGGUUUCUUUAACGUGCACUGACAUCGCGAACGGUGCAGGAGCCUCUAGCAUUUCGCUUUCAUUGAAAGAAUGCUGCAGCAAGAAUAAAACUUCGAAUCUUUCAGGUUUGUAGAUGACCUCGUGCUUUCAAAUAUUCUAUUGUGUUAAAUUAAAAAAGUAAUUUUGCGAACUGCGUGCCCACAACCAUAAGUGUUCUUCAGCAGCAGUGCACACGAAUCAUCAUGCAGGAAACAAGAACCACUGACACACAAUUCAAACGCCUUUACUCUUGAAUCUGCCAUAGAGUACUAUUUUCAUGCUUCAUAAGCCUGAUUUGCUAUUUGCACUGUCAUCAAGCCACUUCUCAUGGCAAAGUUUAUGCAUUACCCACACCCAGAUUUAAAGGAGCACUGACAUCAAAUUUCAAAAUCAAGAUGUGCCCUUCAUUCUGAUGCUCAGUAUGUGCAGGCCCUCUUGGUCAAACUUGAAUUGCGUCCGUCGUCAAUAGCGGGCAAAAUUUUAACGGGAAAUGGAGUGUCUUACGGCAUUGGCACUAGUGCUAAGUGUUCGGUGCAAUGCACUUCACACAUACCAUCCUGAAAAAUAAGCUAGCAGCGAUGACUCGUACGAUCCGAGUGUUCUUACCGUGGCGUCGACUGGCGCUGAAGCCUGCUAAUGCACUCACACUUCAUGUAUGAUCUUCGUCGCACUGCUUUGAAUAAAGUGAAGUUAAAAUAUGCAAAUCACCUAUAAAAAAACAGCAAAAGAAAAGAUCAUGAUUCAACGUGUGCUCCUCACUUGACAUGUCUGCGGAACCCUUGAGUUGCACUCAUCUGGUCAGAAGCGCAAAAGAAGUGCAGUGGUGUCUUUUCAUUAUGUGUAUGUUACACGCCAACACGACCACAAGAUAUUAAGGUGGAGUAGUGCAUAGAGGGUUAUCAUCGCUAACAAGUGACAUGCCGGUAUAAUUAAUAAUGAAUUUUAGUUCGUAAACUUCCUUGCGUCCACAUAAUACCGAGUUUUUUCACCACACCUGUGGGAGGCCGGAUAGGUGGGGCCAUCUGGAGGUGCAAAGUAAAACCUGGCAAGCAGAGAACGUAUUCUAUUUCUGCGCUGGUGGGCCUUCCCUCUACCGACAUUCCAUUGACAGAGUAUGCCUGAAUGCUGCGCAGGCCAAAACUUCCCAAUAUAGCUAAUUGAAACACACACACGAGCAUGGCCGAAGCAUGCAUCCUUGGGCACCUCCUCAUUGCUGCUUAGAACGGCAUCUAUUCUGGAAUCGCUGUUUUAAGGACUGAUCAAAGCGAAAAUUAUUUGCAAUGUCGCGAAUCGCAGCGACCCUAGUCAACAUUUUGUAUGGCAGCUAUGACAAUGCAGGUGACAAGGCAUGACUGUAUGUGCACCUAGCAGAUGAACUGUGGCGCAAUCUGCAGGUAACUGCGAAAACUGGUAGCGCUUGCAGCGCUAAAAAUAGUGGGAUUGUCGGCAGUUUUGAAUGGUGCUAGAUACCAGCAAUACAAAUCCAUAAAAUUGAUAGUUCAUUUCCGUUUUAGGUGGCGAAUCGCUACUAGGGGGUCGAUAGCUGUUUCGUUGAUUCAAAAAUAUUGACAUGAGUAUAUUUGAUAUCAGUGCUCCUUUACAGAAAUAUUGAUGUAAGAAGUUUUAGACCUCUCCUUGUUUCACCAUGAAUUAACUGGGUAAAGUAACAUUCAAGACACUGUGUCUGGCUUGAUUUCUCAGAUUACAUUUUUUUGUGCACUAUUGGAUAAGAAUGGUUGCCAUGUAUGUAAUUCAGCUGAAAUGUAACCCUUACUCUCACCUUUGCCAGUGGGGACGGUUUUUUGUAUUUCUGAGGUAUGUACAAGCUGCCGCAUAUAGGCAUACACCGAAGAACUGAGGGCAAAAGUCUGCAGAAAAUGCCUUGUGCUGCUAGAGUUGUACAGAAUGAUGAAUUUGCAUAUUUGCAUGAAAAUAAAAAUGGUGGAACUUUGGUGUAUAUGUGGAACGGUAGAACUUUGGUGUUUGUGUGACUCCUAAAACAAUGAUAGAAGGGGCGGUUGUGUUGCAAGCAUAUGUUGUGUUAAAGCAUAUGCAUCAAGUUCACAAGAUCGCUGAGCAAUAAAGGUUGUUUCUUAGUUUCCGAGUUACUAGUUCCAAGAUUUUGCAUAGUGCAAGACUGGUUGAACCUGUCCUGUUGGCAGUUGGUAUUUUUGUUAUAGCCUGAGAAGUUACGCAAGUAAUUUACUAUUUGGUAUAACAAUUGCAGCCAAAACUGGAAGUACGAUUCACCUUGGGCCUGCACCACCACUACAUUUGAUUUUGGGCAGGAAACAUUUUUGCACCACAUAUUUAAGCUGUUGAAUCAAUACAGAAUGACAUCUUCACCAUUCCCUAAUCCUUUUCUAUUUAGAAUUGUUUGCUCGUUUGCCCAACUUUGUUGACGAUUAAUUGUGCCUUGUACAUGUGUGUUGUACCUUGCCUCUCCUGCUUGGGCCAAAUGGCCUGCACUACGAUGUCAAAAAUAGACCAAGACUAAAUGGAUUUAUUUUUACAUAGAAUAUUUGUUGAGAAAUAUAGUGCUGCUCGUUAUUAAAAAGUAUGUAAAUGGAA